AUGAAGACGUUGCGAAGGCGUAUCGACAAGCGCGUAAUCCCAUUCCUCUUGUUGGCCUACUUGAUGAACUACCUUGACAAGAUCCUGCUCAACUAUGCGAAAGUCAUGGGCCUCACUAAGGACCUCAAGCUCAUAGGCAAUGACUACACGAACGCGUCGUCGGCAUUUUGGAUCGCUGUCCUCUUCGCAGAAUUUCCGAACAUAUACUUUCUGCAACGACUACCUGUUGGAAAAUGGCUGGCGUUCUGCCUCUUCGGGUGGUCUUGCGCUACCGCUUGUACGGCUGCCUGUACAGACUAUUCCGGACUGGUCGCCGCUCGCGUGUUUUGUGGCCUUUUCGAAGCUGGUAUUCCGCCAUCAUUGAUGCUGAUCAGCAGCCAAUGGUAUACCAAGAAAGAGCAAAUCGUUAGAUUUGUCUGGUGGUAUAUGGGGACAGCCGGCGGUCUUGUUUUAGGAGGGUUCCUCUCUUGGUGUUUUCAGCAGAUCGACAGUGCUGCACCGAUUGCAAACUGGAAAAUUAUGUAUAUUGUCCUCGGGCUGGUCACUUUUGUGCUUUCCAUAUUGGUCGCACUUCUUAUCCCAGACACACCCAUGGAGGCUGGUUUUCUUUCUGAUCAAGAGAAGAUCUCUCUCCUGGAGCAUGUCAAAACUAACCAGACCGGUAUUGGAAAUCGUCGAUCUUUCUCAAUGGCACAGCUCAAGGAAGCCUUCAUGGAUUUCCAGCUCUGGUGUCAAUGGCUGAUCAUGCUGCUCGAAGGCGGCGGAGGUGGUGUUAUCACCACAUAUAGCGCCACCCUCAUCGUGGAUUUCGGAUAUAAUUCUAAACAAUCGGCUUUGCUCAGCAUGGGUGGGGGUGCAGUCAGCAUUACUGUCUGCUUGCUCACGUCUUAUGGUGCAAGAUACUUUGGCCACCGGUGGUUUUUCUUGAUCCUCAUCACUAUUCCUAGCCUGACUGGGGCGGCCUUGAUGGCGUACCUGCCCAAAUCCGACAAAACCAGCUUGUUAGCUGGUAUCUAUCUCGUGGACGCCAUCUUCGCCGCUGUGCCAAUUCAGUUCUCUUGGGUUACUGCCAACGUUGCUGGACACACCAAGAAAGCGUGUGCCAUGUCCCUUUUGAACGCGGCCUUUGCCAUCGGCAACAUCAUUGGUCCCCAGACAUUCCAGGCUCAGGAUGCGCCGGAUUAUACCCAAGCGAAGGCUGCCGUCAUGUGUUUUCAGAGUGUUAUUGUUGUUCUGGCUAUUGUGCUGCUUUUGUACUUCAAGACUGUUAACAAGAAGCGAGACCAGAAGAGCAGCGCAGCUGGAGAAGACAUUACAGACAUCCAAGCUUUCGCUGGCCUUACAGACAAGCAGAAUCCGCAUUUCCGGUAUGUAUACUAG